GUCGCGAGACAAGGCUGAUGGUUGCUGGAGCCCAAGAACAGGCUGUCAGGGCUGGUGCCGGCAGUGCGCCUCUCUUCUCACCCAGCUAAGGAGACCCAGAGAGAGCAGGUCACCUGCCCAAGGUCACGCAGGUGAAGGUAGCUGAAGCCGAGAGUUUCCACUGCGAGCCCCUCUUCCCAACUGGGUCCCUCCAAUCCGCAGCCCUGCGUGCGGGGGCGCGCGUAUCCCCCUGGCGCCGUCGGUCAGUCCUGAUCUGUCUGGGUGUCUCCCCAGCCUCUGGCGCGGAGCAGGCAGAGGCAGGGCAUUCGCAGUGCCCAGUCCGCGCCCCACGCCCGCAGCCGCCAGACGGCAGCGCCUGCUCCCCGCAGCCCCAGCCGGUGCGCGGGAGCCGCCGGGGCCAGGGCGCAGCGGCGGGCGGCGCGUGCAGAUCCCUCGCCACCGCGCUCUGUCUGCGGUUCAGAGAAGCCCAGUCGGCAGGUGCCAGCACCGGUCCUCGAGAUGAAGAAGCUCCAGGGAGCUCACCUCCGCAAGCCCGUCACCCCAGACCUACUGAUGACUCCUAGUGACCAGGGUGAUGUGGACCUGGACGUGGACUUUGCUGCAGACCGGGGCAACUGGACGGGCAAACUGGACUUCCUGCUGUCCUGUAUUGGCUACUGUGUGGGCCUGGGAAAUGUCUGGCGCUUCCCUUAUCGAGCCUACACCAACGGAGGAGGCGCCUUCCUUGUGCCCUACUUCCUCAUGCUGGCCAUCUGCGGCAUUCCCCUCUUCUUCCUGGAGCUCUCUCUGGGCCAGUUCUCCAGCCUGGGCCCCCUGGCCGUCUGGAAAAUCAGCCCCCUCUUUAAAGGUGCCGGCGCAGCCAUGCUGCUCAUCGUAGGCCUGGUGGCCAUCUACUACAACAUGAUCAUCGCCUACGUCCUCUUCUACCUCUUCGCCUCCCUCACCAGCACCCUGCCCUGGGAGCACUGCGGCAACUGGUGGAACACCGAGCGCUGCCUUGAGCACAGAGGCACCAAGCACGGCAACGGGGCACUGCCCCUCAACCUCUCCAGCACCGUGAGCCCCAGCGAGGAGUAUUGGAGCCGCUAUGUACUCCACAUUCAAGGCAGCCAAGGCAUCGGCAGCCCUGGGGAAAUCCGCUGGAACCUCUGUCUCUGCCUGCUGCUGGCCUGGGUCAUCGUGUUCCUUUGUAUCCUCAAGGGUGUCAAGUCCUCGGGCAAGGUGGUAUAUUUCACGGCCACAUUUCCCUACCUCAUCCUGCUCAUGCUGCUGGUCCGUGGAGUGACGCUUCCCGGGGCUUGGAAGGGCAUCCAGUUCUAUCUCACACCCCAGUUCCACCACCUGCUGUCUUCCAAGGUAUGGAUCGAAGCUGCUCUUCAGAUCUUCUACUCCUUGGGUGUGGGCUUCGGGGGUCUCCUCACCUUUGCCUCCUACAACACUUUUCACCAGAACAUCUAUAGAGACACCUUCAUCGUCACUCUGGGCAAUGCCAUCACCAGCAUCCUGGCUGGCUUUGCCAUCUUCUCCGUGCUGGGCUACAUGUCGCAGGAGCUGGGUGUGCCUGUGGAUCAAGUAGCCAAAGCAGGCCCUGGCCUGGCCUUUGUAGUCUACCCACAGGCCAUGACCAUGCUGCCUCUGUCGCCCUUCUGGUCUUUCCUCUUCUUCUUCAUGCUUCUGACACUUGGCUUGGACAGCCAGUUUGCCUUUCUGGAGACCAUUGUGACAGCAGUGACAGAUGAGUUCCCAUACUACCUGCGGCCCAAGAAGGCGGUGUUCUCGGGCCUCAUCUGCGUAUCCAUGUACCUGAUGGGGCUGAUCCUCACCACUGACGGGGGCAUGUACUGGCUGGUCCUUCUGGAUGACUACAGCGCCAGCUUCGGGCUCAUGGUGGUGGUGAUCACCACGUGCCUCGCUGUCACCCGGGUAUACGGCAUUCAGAGGUUCUGCCGAGACAUCCACAUGAUGCUGGGCUUCAAGCCGGGCCUCUACUUCAGGGCCUGCUGGCUAUUUCUGUCCCCAGCCACACUCCUGGCCUUGCUGGUGUACAGCAUCGUCAAGUACCAGCCUUCAGAGUACGGCAGCUACCGCUUCCCUGCCUGGGCCGAGCUACUGGGCAUCCUGAUGGGCCUGCUGUCCUGCCUCAUGAUCCCCGCCGGCAUGCUGCUGGCUGUGCUUCGACAAGAGGGCUCACUCUGGGAGAGGCUCCAGCAGGCCAGCCGGCCAACCAUGGACUGGGGCCCGUCGCUGGAGGAGAACCGGACAGGCAUGUACGUGGCCACGCUAGCCGGGAGCCAGUCACCCAAGCCACUGAUGGUGCACAUGCGCAAGUACGGAGGCAUCACCAGCUUUGAGAACACGGCCAUCGAGGUGGAUCGUGAAAUCGCAGAGGAAGAGGAGUCCAUGAUGUGAGGCCAGCGGUGAAUGGACCUCAGGCCUCUGCAGGGGUUCACAGCCUGCCAGGGAGUCGGCCAGGUGCAGCCGCGCUGCUGGGAUUCUGAGAGGCUGAGAGAGGCUGCCACAGUGAUGCUGAACCCUAGUGCAUUUCUGCCUUGUGACCUGUGCCUGUCCUGAAUCCUCCGUCUGGCGCUCUCCUCCCCCCACAUAGUGCAGCCCUCACUCUGGAGAAGGACAUUUGAAGGCCAUCAAGGAAGGGACUGGCCCAAGGUCACGUGGUAGAGAGGACUUGGUCUUGGGCCUCUGGACCAGUCUGCACCCUUUCCGCACAUUGUCACUCUGUUCAGGGCCUGGCCUUUCUCUGUGCGGGGAAGCUCUCCUCACAUUCACACACAGCCCCAACAGCAGGGAAGAAAGAGGCUCACAGAGCUCCUUGGGCCCCAGAUGUUGAGGCUUCGGUGGAAAAAAGGAUCCCUGUAGGUUCCUGAGUACAGGCUGGGCUUCCCAAAAGUGGGCGUGAGGGUCCUGGGUGAAGGGACAUUUUCAAGAGAAGGAAGAGGAGGCGUCUCAGCCAGGGCUGUCCCCUGGGCCCAGGGAAGGCCAAGCUGCCCCUGUGGAACCCCACAUGGCUGAAGAUUUCCAUGGUGGAGGACUUUAAAGGCAUUCUGGUCCCAGUGAGGACCUGUAGAGAGGGGAGCUGGGGCGAUGGGUGGGAGGGGAGCUGCAUGAUUCCUAACAUCACUUUGGGUCUCUGCAGUGUGCACUAGGGGACAGGGUGGACAUGGGAGGCCCAUGGAGUUGGGGCCUGAGUUAGGGCACUGGGCUGGAAACGAAAGACAGGAGGCACCUGCCCCUGUGCCCGGGUAUGGCAGGGAAGUCUGUGAGUCACAAGCUGGGCAGGUGGGACCCAGGCUCAUUUUCUUCCUUUCUCUCCAUCUCAGAGGCCUUCACUGUCCCCCCUCAUCCCCAGCUGUUGCUGGGGUGUUGGCCAUGUGUGACUAGAGAAGCCAUGAGAUGCAGAAACGGCCCACAUGUGGUCAUCGAUCCUGAUGCCAUGUGCUGUGCUCCAGGGCCCAGGGUGAGGGCAGAGGCAGAGAUUGGGGGUGGCCCCGGGUUCCUGGUCCCCUCAGACAUAGGGUGGGUGCCAGCCACAGUGGUUUCUUGCACAGUGCUCUCCAGUGGAGCGGGGCACCUUGGUGCAGCUCCGGUGGCCUUCGUGCCCUGUCUCCUGGCCUCUCCCAGCCCUUCUGUGUUCUGUCGGUUGAUUGUUAAUAAACAUCGGAUGAGCUCA